AUGAGCUGAGAAGUACAAUAGUAAAAACUGCGCACAAAAACAAAUCGUUCGAUUAAAAUAAAAUUAUCAAAAAUAACAUCAAUGCGGUGACAAAAAAGCAGCAAAUCAAUGUCGUUCAAAAGAAAAUAUUAUCGGCGUAAAGUGUAGUGAGUUUUUUUGUGUUGUGUACUGUAUUCAUGUCCGUGCCCUUAAGAAAAUAAGACAAGUGUCAAUAAGUGUAAAGUGUUUAAAAUAAGCAGUAACCCUUAUCCCGUUUUAUUUAACCAAACAAUAUUUUUAAACGAUUUUACUAUAAGAAACGAACAACGAACGAAGCUACACCCACAGAUAUAUUCCUCUCAAAUGGCCACGAAUUGUGAACAUAUCGAGGUCAGCAACAGCAAAGAUCCACGUAAAUGCUCCAUUGCGAGCAACGCUUCAACCGCAUCGAUGGCGCACGAAGAGCGUGCGGACAGCUCUGAAAAGCUGCAGAGCAAAAGCGAUAACUCCCUUUCCGAUCAAUCGACUAGCGCCAAAGUUAGUCAAGUUGUGCCGCUGCCCACUGGUCAGCAUCGAUUAGGGGACGAUGUAUUUGAGAACGCUUUCGACGCGUCAAUGGACUGUUUAGAGCAAGCCGAAGCGGAUGGCUACGAAUCAGACUCGGAAAGCGCUAAUGAGUACGAUGAUACGGUCAGCACUUCGGUGACGACUGGACUGCGCAGCAUUGACAGUGACAAUCAAACUUUCUCGAGUGGAUUUGGCAGCUCGAUGUUGAGUAGCUUUCCACCGACUAGCGCAUUCGAUUAUAACAGCUGCAGUAGUAGUAGCGAUAGCGAGGGAGAAGUAGGCAAAGAUAUGCAAAAUGACGAGCGCUUGGGGAAAUUCUUCCCGGCAGAUUCACGCAAUUUAGAUAUCUUUCAUACGCGUCCCUAUUUGCUGCCAUUCGUGGAGCGUCGACGUCUGUCGCAGUGCAAGGAGGAGGAUGAAGAUGAUGGCGAUAAAUCACCACAACCACAUACAAGCGAAAUGCCGGCCCCCAAAUUCGAGAAAUUCUCACAUCCUACACCGCCCCCACCUCCUCCGCCACCACCGCCAGCCACAGAUGAGGCAUCGGCGGAGAAAUUCAAAGAGCUGGAGCGUUUGCGGCAGCAGUUCAUGCACAAGAUCGACAUUAUCAACACGAACAAUGUGGAGGAUAUCAAAACCGUAACAGUAACCGCAGAGCAUGUGUCACCGCCUCCGCCACCUCCCAUACCACCAACAAUUUUGCCACCUUCGCUGAUAAAUUUGCUGCAAUCGACUAAGAGAAAGGCGGUGCCGAUGAUAAAGGCAUCCGAGUCCCAAGAAGCGAUAAUGCCGGCACCACAAAAGUCACCAGCGGCAUGUGAAACCUCCGUAGAAAAUCGCCCAGGUACAGACACUACCAGUUGGAGUGCCAGCAGAAGCCACAAAGUAAAUGCACAAACAAUGCCAUCCACGCUAAUGAUGCCCACCAGCGUCGCUUCAAGUUGUUCUAGCAGCGCAGUAGCCACAAAUACGCCAAAAAGCACGCGACCUCUGUUACAGUCUGCCGGCAGCUCCGAGAAACUCAUCAUCAAAGGAAAAUUUACGGUUACCAAAGCAAAGGAGACGCCCGAACUCCAACAAUUGCGCACCGAAGCGGACAAGCUCAAGCAUUUAAGCUCAAGCGCCAAUGCACACACCAUUAGCUUCCCCAGCAGCUAUGGUGGUUAUACCUCUGUGCAGGGUCUAUUCUCGCAGCGUUACGGUAGUCAUAAAUUUCCUGUCGCUGUGCCGCAUUUUUCGAAGAAAUUUUUCGAUGCAUCUUUAGUUGAAAUUCGCACGCCGGCUGUGAGCAAUGCAUCGCUUAAUCAAGUCGACAAUGAGGAGCGUCCGAAGAGCGAACAGAUCUCAACCCCAGUCAUUCCUUUUCUAAAUCAUCACCAAAGUUACAGUAAUUGUGAUAAUAGUUUAGUCCAAACACGAGGUGAUCUAGCGCAUUUGGAUGAUGUGUGGAUCAGAAGACGGGCGAACACAACGCCGCCAAAGAGGCAAAUAACGGAUGAGGGUGCAUUCGAGAGUGGCCGCACAACAGCUGCGCCAUCAGAUGAUGAACAAGAUGGUCGCUUGCCCGGUUCGCGACCCUCCAGCGCACCGGCGGAACCCAAUGCCAAAGCAGCACGCAAGGCUUCCAAAAAGAUGGAGAAGGAGGCGAGACGUCAAGAAAAGGAAGCGAAUCGUCGCGAGAAGGAAGCACGGAAACUGGAGCGUGAAACGGCGCGUCGUCAAGAACGAGAGGCAGCCAAACUCGAGAAACUCAAUCGCAACAUGGAGAAAAUAUCGCGCAGUACAGAACGUGUUGGUGCCACACCGCGCUCCGGUUCGCUGGAGCGACGUCGUAGCGGCGAAGACUCGCCGGUGCUCAAUCAGUCGACCGUGCACGGUAUUGCGAGUCCCAAUCGUCGCCCAACCAUAUUCGAUGUGUUUCGACAGCGCGCCAAGCCAGAUGCGAAGCGCAAAGAUUCAGCGCUUUUGGUUGCCGGCAGUGGCGGCGUGACUGGUACGCCUGGUGCUGAAAGCAGCAGCGCCAGCAGCACACACUCGGGCGGGAGUGGCGGCAUAAUGAAUCAAGUGAAGGUGGCCAUGCAGAAUUCAGGGCUGAUCGGCCAUCAUCAUCACGACAAACGUCAGCAUCCGGCUGUCACGAUAACCGCUGCCGAGGGCGGCAGUGCGAAGAAUAAGUACAAAGAUGGUUCGGCGCAUCCACAUCAAGGCAGUGAUGCACAGUACUACCACACCGUUACAGCGGUACGGCGUUCCGAUGCAUCCCGCUCACCAAUGACCAAAGUAAUGGAUUUGUUUAGAAGCCGUUCGAAUUCAGCGGCAACCGAGGCGGAUAAACGCAAAGCGCGAGCAGCAGCACAUCAACAACAAUUGGCAGUGCAAAGUGAGUACAUCAAAUGUAAAAUGUUUGUUCCCCAUUUAAUUUCAUUAUAA